CCGAGAGUACUAACAGCAAUCCGAAAGUCGUGGCGUUUCUUCUCUCUUUUGUUGUCCGAAACAACUGCCUCGUAUACCCAUAUUUUACUAUCUUCCCCUUCUUCGGACACUGCAGCAUCUUUACUCGUCAGGCCUGGUGGUGGUGUGACAGGAACUUCAACAGUGUCGACAGUCCAUCCUCCUAAUCUGCGGCUGCUACCACCAUGCCUGUGUGCAAUCAUUGUGAUCGUUCUUUUGUCGACACGAAUGCUCUCCCACACCGAGUCGAAGCACGAGAUUGAAUGCACUUACUGCGAUCGUACGUUCAGGACUUCAGACGGAAGAGAUCAGCAUGAGAGAACGAAGCAUAACUUCCCUUGCAACACUUGCAACCGAGAAUUUAGCUCCAGAGAAUCCCUGGAUCAACAUGAGGAGGCCAAGCAUAAAUUCCAUUGCAACACUUGCAACCGAGAAUUUAGCUCCAGAGAAUCCCUGGAUCAACAUGAGGAGGCCAAGCAUAAAUUCCAUUGCAACAUUUGCAACCGAGAAUUUGGCUCCAGAGAAUCCCUGGAUCAACAUGAGGAGGCCAAGCAUAAAUUCCAUUGCAACAUUUGCAACCGAGAAUUUACAUCCGAUGGAGCCCUUAUCCAGCAUCAGAAUGCGAAGCAUGCACCUCGCCCACAUGCAUCUUCGUAUCUAUUCUCACUGCCACCAUACGUCCAAGCUGCGACGCCUGCUCCCAUGGAGCAGCCUAAUGUAAACGUAGUCCUCGAUGCUUUAUCCACACGGGAGUCCACCCCAGAUGGUGAGGAUGUCUUGAUGACGCAGUCACCAAAGGUACAGGUCACUGCACCCAAACCUGUGGCAAAUGUCGCAUGUGGAACCUGUGGCGAGCCUUUCGCAACGAUUUUAGCUCUGGACGCCCACGAGUCACAGCAUAGACCCGAUACGUGUGCUUGCCCAAUCUGCGAGAGGGCUGAUAGGCCUUGCAAUUGCAUUAUUUGCAAGCGCACCAGCACCUUGACAGGUCUGGUGGAUGAGAAACCCCUCGAUUGUGUCAUGAGUGGCGAGCCCGAAGGAAUUACGUUGUCCGCGGAUUCGCUUGGGGGUAUCGAACUUAAGGCAGUCGAGGAUUUUUUGGUUGGGUCCUGUGACUUGGUCAUGACCCCGGAAUCCCAAGGAGUCACAGAUCCGUCAGUUGAUCGCAGCGUUCUAGCGCACGGCAUGGACUCGCAUGAUGAACAACCCUUACGAAAACCGGAACGCGAGGUGUAUGGAGAACAUUCUCAUGACUUGACUCUUACCCACACACCAUUACCCCCAUGUCACAAGCACAACAGUCUUGAUAAUCCAACAUGUCUUUCUGAAGUUGCUAUGAACUUAACGGAGGAAUGUAGCAUUACCAAUCUCCAAUUGGGUUUUGCACCCAUGGAAUGCGACACCAUUCCAUGUGAUCUGAAUGUACUAGAGCAACAUUCUGCGCUCAACACUCACGCCAUCGUGCAAGACUCAAUAGUCUACGAACUCUUGUAUCCAAGCCAACCUGACGUUUCCCUCGACUUGACUAAUUCACAGAGUCAAGAUCACGACAUGUCCCUUCCAGAGGCAUCCGACGAACAACCGAUAGUUCUCGACAUGGACAUGAGUCACGAGCAGGUCGAUAACCCUCCAGAGUGUGACCCCUGCAUUCCUGGAUUGGAACCUGAUAUCACGUCUUCAUCGCACUCGACAGACUCCCCUGCAGAUGGCACGCUUGUUUCGGCGACCUCGAUACCUGUACCAAUUCGCUCUCCCCAGUUUAUAGGGUCUCCCCAAGUUUGUACCUCUGAUUUUGAGCCUCCUGCUGAGUUAGGCGAUCCUUUCACACGCAACCUUGUUCCUUCUCCGACCCCAUCUGAGCAUGGUAGCUUCAGGCCCCCUAGCAUUACCCAGGAUGAUCACUCGCAUUCCGGAAGCCAUCCUCUACUGUCUCCACUGACUUCCGAAGGUUCUGCCGGUUACUUCUCCGAUGCCGAUCGUUCAUCAACUCCAUCAAGCCCUCUUUCUGAUCAUUCCGUCGUCUUCGUAUCUGCGGAUUCCAUACCAGAGUACGUUAGAGAGAACCGUGCAUAUCUUGUUGCAACAAGCGCUCCGUCCCGACCUUCUUCAGCAACUUCUAGUUGUGUCCAUUUGCCCUCAGUGGUUACUUCGUCAGACUCUCUACCACUUCAACAGGAUCAAAAUGAUCGUGCUGAGGUGCCCCCUGCCGAUUUGCCUUCCACCAACGGCCAAUCCCUUUACUGCAGGGUUUGCCUUCGAGAUCCUUGCGACGAUCUAACUGCGACGAUGUGCGGCCAUGUCUUUUGCAACAGGUGCAUUAUCGAUGCUGUCAUGGCCAGAUCUGCAUGCCCAGUCUGCACCGCUCCCACAUUACUCUACUGUCUUUUCCGCCUUGAUAUCUAAGUGCUCUAAAGCGUAACACCUGUCUUGCUUUCGGCAUCCAUGCCAAUGACUCAACGGAAACCAACAAAUCAUUUUGUACUUUAGAAUUGUUUGAAUCACUACAAGUUUUUCAAUUCGUGUAGCGUGCAUUCUUUAGGAACUAUUGCACACCACUAAGCAGUAUAGCGCUCCACCUCUCGAGAUUGCAUGGG